UUUACCGUUAACUUUUUAGUUUUCACAGCGUCCUCAAGUUGUUUAGAGUUGCGAAAAAAAUGUCAGACCACGUGAACACUGAAACAGUAAAAAAGCUAAAAGUCAAGCUAAAGGAUAUUGCACGUGCCUUGCAAAACCAAGAUAGAAGCUCCCAAGGUGUUAUGAUCGUAUUAAACGGGAGUGGGACAUUUGUAUUUCCCGUUUCCUUCAAAACAUUCCUUAAUAGCCUGAACAUAGGGAAGGUGUUUUCCAGGAUAACGAAGACCAGAGAGCAAUGCCUAGAACUUAUGGGCGACUCAGCCUUUUUCCGCAGCACCCUGCAAAAGUUUUAUAACCGCUUCUACAUGAUCCCAGAGAAGCGAUCAGGCUUAAACUUUUUCAAGGAUGAGCUUCAGACUCCUUUGGCACAGUUACUCGAAUUUGGCAAGCCCCUUGAUGAAAUGGCAGUCAGUACUGUUCAGGAGAAUAACAACAACAAUGAAGACAAUGACAUCGUCAUAUGCGCGGACUUGGAGAAGAGCAUAGAGCUGCGCCUUCAGAAAAAUGUUAUUAUCGAACAGGAGGCUGCCGACGAACAGUUGCCGGACUUGGACAAGAGCAUAGAGCUGUGCCUUCAGAACAAUGUUAUCAUCAAACAGGAGGCUGCCGACGAACAGUUGCCCCAGUCAACUUGCUGCUCGCCGGCUCGGGAGCUACCCCAAGCUGAAGAUCUGGAAAAGGAUUCAGAAGAAGCUCCAUGAGCACAUGUCAUUGUUUUAUAUUAUAAUUAAAAAAGUGCCUACGACGGAACUGUGAAUACUCUAAAUAAAGUCAUGAAGUUAUCAAAGAUAUGGCUAAUACAAUAACAAAA